GCGGCCGCGCGCUUGACCGCCGCGUCCUCCGCGACCGCGCCGCGCCGCACCGCGCGCAUCGCGUCGAACUCGAACGCGCGCCGCGGCUCGACGACGCGUCUCAACGCGGUCUUCACGCCGCCGGACCCCACGAAGGUCAAGCCGCUGCCCAUGCGGAUCGGGCACGGCUUCGAUCUGCAUCGGAUGGAGCUGCUCACGGAGAUGCCCGGCCUCGAGCUGUGGCUGGGUGGGAUCAAGCUCGAGCACGACCGCGGGUGCGUCGCGCACAGCGACGGCGACGUUCUGCUGCACUGCAUCGUGGACGCCAUCACCGGCGCGCUCGGGAUGCCGGACAUCGGGCAGCUGUUCCCGGAUAACGACCCGAAGUGGAAGGGGUGCACGUCGGACGUGUUCGUGACCGAGGCGUGCCGGCUGAUGCGCGAGGCCGGGUACGAGAUCGGAAACAUGGACUGCACGAUCAUCGCGCAGAGGCCGAAGAUCUCGCCGCAUAAGGAGGCGAUCCGGGCGAACCUCGCGAAGAUGCUCGGCGCGGACGAGAGCGUCAUCAACGUCAAGGCGAAGACGCACGAGAAGGUUGACUCGUUGGGAGAGAACCGGUCCAUCGCGUGCCACACCGUCGUGUUGUUGAACAAGGUGUGAGUGAUGGAUGGAUAACGGUUCGGAGAUGAGCGUUUAAUACAUACGCGCGCGUUGGAGAGGGUGAUAGUACGUAAUACGUAGCUGUUGUUACAACACGCACGUUUCGUUCGUU